AUGGGGCCUUCCUGGGCCCAGCCCCCACUGGCAUGUGCUCUCUGGCUGCCUGUGCUCUGGGCACUCCUGUCCCUUGCCAGUUGCUCCCAUGCCCCUCCAGGAUGGCGCUUCACUUCUUCUGAAGUUGUGAUCCCCAGGAAGGUGCCCCACAGGAUGGGUGGAGUUGCAAGGCUAGACCAGCUCUCCUACAGCAUGCGUUUCCGGGGCCGAAGACACGUGAUGCACAUGAAGCUCAAGAAGAACUUGCUGCCCAGACAUUUUCCCGUUAUUACCAAUAAUGACCAAGGAGCCAUGGUAGAGGACUACCCCUUUGUCCCCCAAGACUGUUACUACUACAGCUACCUGGAAGGGGUCCCUGGGUCCAUGGCCACACUGGACACCUGCUAUGGAGGUCUGCGUGGCAUGCUGCAGGUGGAUGACCUCACUUAUGAAAUCAAACCACUGGAGGCUUCUUCCAAAUUUGAGCAUGUGAUUUCUCUGCUUGUGUCAGAAGAAAGAUCAGAAGAGGUUGAAAGGUGUAAGAUUGAAGGGGAGGAUGAAAAUCAAGCCUUUGAAGAGGCAAAACUUUCUCAGACUCCUAGAGCAGGCCCCAUGUAUUUGUGGAGGCAACAUUUGAAAAACUUGAAACUCCAUUAUACUGUAUCUAAUUCAUUAUUUGUGCAGAACCAGAAUAAUACGCGUAUAAUAGAGAAUGUAGUGAUUAUAAACAGCAUACUACAUACCAUUUAUAGGCCAGUUAGUUUCAACGUCUUCAUACGUCUUUUGUGCAUAUGGGAUGGAAUGGAUGCAACAGACAUUUAUAACUAUCCAAGUGCUGCCAAAGCUGUAGAACAUUUUGGUUUGUGGAAAUACUGGACAUGGUUUUCUGAGAUUCGACAUGAUACUUCAGUUCUUCUUACAGGGCAUAAAAUUGCAGGAUCCUCAUAUUAUGCCAGCAGUGGUGGAAUGUGCAACCCUAACUGGGGAGCAUUAUUUGUGUAUGCAGUAAGAUAUCACGUAUUUUUGACCGCAACUAUUACAGCACAUGCAAUAGGUCAUAACUUUGGUGUGGGCCAUGAUGGAAGUGCUUGUCAUUGUUUUCGGAGAAGCAACUGUGUCAUGGCUCCUGUGCCGGGUCUUCUAGAUGUGAUGAGCAAUUGUUCUUACCACAGUAUACAUAAUUGGCUUAAUAUGUGGGAUCCUUGUUUGAGUGAAAGAAACACUCCAUACAGUAACUUUCCUUAUGUAGCUCCUCGUUGUGGAGACAAGAUCAAAAAUCAGCAGGAGGAAUGUGACUGCGGCUCCUUUAAAGAUUGUGCCAUGGAUAAGUGUUGCGGGACCAACUGUGCCCUCACCCUUGGCAGUGUUUGUAAUUUAGGAGGCUGCUGCAGUAACUGUAAAUAUAGUCGACCUGGAGUGAUCUGCAGGGACCAGCGUGGUAUCUGUGAUCUACCGGAGUACUGUGAUGGGAAGAAGAGUGAAUGCCCGGAUGACUUUUACAUCCAGGAUGGAACCCCGUGUUCAGCAUUAGCCGUUUGUGUGAGAGGAAACUGCAGUGACCGUGAUUUGCAGUGUCAAGCCCUUUUUGGCUACAAAGUAAAAGACGCUUCCCCAGCAUGCUAUAAAACAUUGAAUGUAAUAGGUGACCGAUUUGGAAACUGUGGGGUUAGGAUUCAACGAGGAGGAGCUAAGCCUUUUCAAUGUGAAGAAGACGAUGUUUUGUGUGGAUUGCUGCACUGUAGUGGCAUCGAACAAAUUCCUGGUGGAGGUGAGCACACUACAUUUCAUAAUAUACUAGUCCAAGAUGUUACAGAAAUAAAUUGCUUUGGAUAUGAUGCACACGAUGGGAUAGAGUUGCCAGAUAUGGGGCUUGUAGUGGAUGGUGCAUCGUGUGGCCCAGGAAGAUAUUGCCUUAAUCAGAAUUGUACUUUUCAUCAAGACAUGCAUUUUGACUGUGACGUGAAGAAAUGCAAUUUCAAAGGGGUGUGCAACAACCAGAAAAAUUGUCACUGUCUGCGUGGUUGGAGUCCACCAACGUGUAGACAGAAAGGGGUAGGUGGUAGUAUAGAUAGUGGCCCUCCACCUGACAAAGACCCUGGUAUUCGAGCCAAAAUAGUUGCUAACAUAAACCAGUCACUAUUUCUGAUGAUUAUUCGUUUCAGCCUUUUUCUGGCUGCACUUCUCAUUGGUGGCCUUACAAAAGCAAAAGAAUUAGUAGAAAAGAAAGUAUUGGAAGAAGAUAUAUCUGAAGAUAAUGAAAUCUGA